UAUGUAUAUUUAUUAAAUAAAAAGAAAAAAUGAAAAUGAAUUUUCUGUUGAUUACAACUUAAAAUUACACAUAAGUGAGUGUGCGUGUGUUUCUCUGUUUGCGUGUACAUUUUAUUAUUGUUGGCCAACACAAUGGAGGCUGUUUUUAUUUACGAAACCGAACAUCCUGAAAUCCAGAAAAUGGAUUGGCCAUUUUUAAUAAAGGGCUUCCUGGAAGGUCCACCAUGCACUAAUUCACCGCCCGAUACAUUGGCUGCUCUAUUAUGGACAAUAACAGCUGUUUUCGGCAUUGUGUACGCCUUGUUGGGCUAUCGCUGCUUAAGAGCGGUGGGCUUUCUCACUGGGCUUUUUAUUGGAGCGAAUGGUGUUGUAAUGUUCCGUCAGUAUUAUAUACCGAUACUGGGCGAACCCACGGAUUCGGCUUUGGCUAUAGUAGCCGGUUUAGUGGGAGCGGUUCUUGGCUCGACAUAUCCUGUUGCUACUACGCUAAUAAGCGCUUUCGCUGGAGCUUUAUUGGCCGGAGCCGCAAUGACAGUGUGCGUGGCCACGAUGCCAGAUAAUCAGUUUGGGCAUGCUGAAAUUACGGUGGCUUUGAUAGGUGGUGCCGGUAUUUUCGCCGUUCUAACAUUAUGCAGCGCCAAGUAUGUUACCAUUUUAACUUCAAGCGUAGUGGGGUCUGCGAUGAUCAUAACAUCGGUAGAUUUUUUCUUACAUGGCUUAGAACUAACGCACUGGAUUUUUAAUAUGAAGCCUCAUCCUAAUCCGCCAGCUUGCUACGGUGGCAUAUUGAUUUGCGCUUGGCCCGUGGCGAUUAUUAUCAGCAUAAUGAUCCAGUGUUUCAUUACCGCCUGGGGCGUGGAUCACCGCAAGCGUUUACUGCAGCAACGUCAUCAACAACUCGCACGCAUGCAGGCUAGACCACGCGAAACACGCGAAGAAGCCAGGCAGCGUAAAUUUCGCUAUUUAUAUCAAAUACGAACGGCUCGCGGUGACAUUAUCUCUCAGAAUUUCGUUUCAGCUUUACAGAAACGCAUACAGCUCAGCGGCACGGAAACUCCUUCGGAACGUUCUCUGAAAACUGGCUCCAAUGAACGUAAUACCUUUCGUAGCGAUCGUACUCAUUUCACGACAAUACCGCCCGAUUCGGAUAUGUUUGAUAAAAUUGAAAUUGUACGUGACAUAGCAUAACAAACGGCUUAUAAUUAUAUGUAAGUCUUUCCGAAUUAAAAGACAAAUGAAAUCCUUUUACACACAGCCAAGCUAUUAGUAUUGUAAGUAUUAUUAUGCGCAAAUAAAAAAAAAAGUUUUUAAAAAUUUAAAGAAACAGAAAAAAAGAAAAAACUUUAAAAAGCAGCUUAAUCAGGUUUCCUGUGUAAAAGUUUAAAAAAAAAAAAAUUUAUUUAUUUCGCGAAAGUAACAAAUAACACGAUCAGAGAAUGAAAAAAAACGAAAAGAGAGAAAAGAGAAUUCAUUUAACUUGUAUUAUCGAAUAAACGCCAGUUUUAUAAUGUCGGGGUUAAAGUUGAUCAUUUGGUUAAAGUACAAAAUUAAUCCUUAGCUGACUGGAUAUUAUGAAAACGGCUCUAAACAAUGUGAGGACAAAAAUAAAACGAAUGAAGUUAGUUGAUUAAAUAUAAUAGAAAAGCAAAUAAACAAAUAAAAAUUGAAAAAAUAAACCAACAAAGCAAAAGUGCUGCUAACAUUUUCUCUCAAUCGUUUUUUACCAAUUUCAUUCUUCGUGUGAAUCAAACGCUUAAGACCUUAGUUCUUCUUCCUAAAUACAUUUUUUUUGCUCUUCGGGUGAUAUAAUUUAGCAUUAAAUUGAUUUCAUUUUAAUUUCUAAUUUUAUAAUUUACUCGUAUUUUAGUUGAAGAAUUUAAAAUUAGCUUAUACAAGUUUCUUUAUCGUCGUUCCAAUUAUUCGCUUUAACGAUGCCACUCGACGUACAUACGUAUCCUAAAAUGUCCGUGUAUUUAAAUGUUCGUGUGUCCGUUCAAUGCUUCCGUAGUAAAUGGCAGUUUUUAUAGUUCGUUGAGACAAUAUGUCAGUGAUUUGUAUUCCAGUCAAAAAAUUUGCUGUCCAGAAAGCCAUCAAAUGUUUGAUCUACGCAGCAGUCCGUAAAGAAAAUGAGGUCAAAACAAUUUACUGGUUAACAUUCAGGUUACAUUCGAUCGUCAUUGGUUUUUUUUUUUUCCAUUGUUCAGGCAUCCCGGGCACGUGGCGGAAGGGUUAUGAUGGUCUCAAAUUAUUGGGGUUAGAAGAUGACCGAAAGAGAUAGAAUAUUGGGUAUUUUAAAUGCACGAAUGUUAGGAACGAUACCUAAAACCUCUGCAUGUAUAUUGUCCAGCACCUAUAAUAAACUGACAGACUCACCUUCAGGAGAAAUAGGUAAGGAUGCUAUGAAAGCUAAAUAGUUCUGUAGAGCACCUAUGGUAGAAUCACCUUUAACUAAGUCAAAAAAGUUGGAAACCCAUUCAUUAACUAGAGUCACCUAAGCCGCUCACUGCCCGUUAUGGUCGCCAUAAACAAUUCUCAGAACCGCCUAAGACUUCAAUUUAGUGGUUAUCCCUACUCGGAAUGGCUGACCCAUUAAAAGGAGCAUCUUGGCUCGCAUCUUUGUAUAAGCUUCCAACAGGUAACUGCCUUUUCAGAUACAAAAAAUUGCAAUACUUCCAAAAUAUUCAAUACUCCCUUUUAAGUCAAGAAGUUUGACGAUUGAGUCGCCCAAUUCAAUGUUAUUCAUAUUGAUAUAUAUCGUAAAUUUAUUAUCCUGGGCUGGGGAGAGUACCUAUUAAUUUCAUUUUAUUAUUUUAAGGAUUCCUAUUUUCGCUUAACAAGGCCACGAGCGAAUACACAUCAUCUUGUUAUUAUUAGGCUUAACUUUUUUUUCAGAUCUCGUUAUUCACUUUAUUCUUAAUUAUAUUAAGAGUAAGAACGAAUUUAGCAAAUCCACUUAAAUCUAUCUAUUUGCAGUGGCAAUUGGCAAUGUAUUAAACGUUGAGAAAGAAAAUGAUUGCGAUAAUAUCAUAUAAAUUUUAAAAUGGGCCUAAUAAACAAAGAUUCGAACAAUAGCUGAUCUUAGGAAUCCUAGGAAAUGCCAGAAAUUUCUAAAAACCAAUUUUAAAGUUUUUUGAACAAUACUGAGACAAAAAUGGUCUCAAUUAAUGGAGGUAUUAUCCAGGAAAAUAGUAAGACAACCACUUCAGCUACAACGAGUGACAGUUUCGCUGACGUGUUAGUUGGGUUAAAUAAAAAGGCUGCUACUUUCACCAUUAUGAUAUAGAUUGACUUCGUUUGAUAUAAAAUUCAAGCCAUGGAUGUGGAUGAUGUUUAUUUUUUUGCACAAAACGGCCCCCACUUGUCACACAACUCAUCAAGCAAUGGCUCUCUCUAUACUUUUUUUACAGACAUAUCUUUGCCUUAAGGCGAUUGUAACUUUUUGUGCCCACCGCUCAAAAUAUAUGAGAUGCGUUUAAUGUUCACAUAUGCAUUUAAAUCUGCAUGCGAGGCCACACAAAGCGUGUAAUUAGCUUGAAUAAAGGACAAGUGUAGACGUGCAUAUAUAUUUGCAACGACAAUUCUUCUGUCGUUGGAAUUUUGGUCGCGGCUUUGAAAUUUUGUAUAAAAGUUGUCGCUCUUGAUACACUCAAAAAUCAGCAAAGCGUCUGGACACCGUUACCGGAAAGCUUAUUAAAUUCCUUUCUUUCUAUUGAAAUUAAUUGUUUUUAAGGCAAAGUGUUUCUUUUUGGAAAGGCAUUUGUCCCUAUAGAAUUCGCAAAGACUCUGUAGCCAAGCUACAGUUAUUUUAUCCUCGUGUACAUAUGUGUCUUUACCAGAUGAUAAGGAUACGUUCGUUAUAUUUAUGGGGACAUCCUUGGCGACUUCUUGUUGUCGACGAUGAUGAUGAUGAUGAUGAUGAUGAUGAUGAUGAUAGAUGAUCGAUAGCGAGAUCGGCAAAUAUCUCACCAGGCGGGGAAAGCAAUUGGCCAAUUUUAUAAGAGUGCAUUACAUCUACUUUCACACUCUGCGCUCUUCAACAAAAGUAUUAUUAAAACAUUUACUCUAUUAAUUGCACAUAUGCUGACAUUUCAAAAGUUACGUUUGAAAAGCUAAUUUGAAAGUUUCUCUAAAGAGAAAUAAGAUCACAAUUCUUCUGUAUAUAAGUACAUAAAAAAAAUAUAGUUUGAAUAUGCAUUAACUAGUGGUGGGUAUUCAAAAAUACCUGCCUAAGUCGACUAUGGCGUUUUCUUUGUUACUUGUGUUGUUAAUUUUGUAAAGCUGAGAAGGAAUUUUGUUUUAUUUCUUUUUUCAAUUACUUUAUUUCUCUAUUCAAUAUUUUUCUCUAAAUUUUUAGAAAGCCCUAAGGUAACGCGUAGAUAAUCCAAAAUAAUGACCAUGUAGAAGGCAUUUCAUUAUGGGCAUAUUUACAUGAAACUUCGUUUACAAAAAUGCAUUUAUUUUUUAAUGAGCCUUAAGGCAAGGUAUGCAGUUAUAUUAAAAUCAUUUAUCGACGACAUCCGAUUAGUUGAGCAAACAAUUUUUCCCUAAGCAAGUUACAAGUCUAUCUAAUCGAGGGGACGAUAGACGUUACUUUUUAUCAAAAACAUGUUAAAAUAUUGUCGACUAAUAAACUCCCUACGUCACUCUGCCUAAUACAAUCCUUCAUUUAUAUUCGUCGUAAAAUAUUAAAAAUUCUAGUUCGUUACCAUAUGAACACUUAUUUAUCAUUAUAAUACUACCUAUUAUUAUGCUUAUUUUUUAUGCAAGUGCUACGAUAUCUGCACUUACUAUUUUUCGCCUAUAUUUGUGAUAAAGUAUCAAAAAUUAUAUCUUGUCCCCACAUAAAAGUUAACUUUUCAUGAAACCUCUUAUUUGGGACGCGUGCUGUCUGGUGCAAACUUGUUAGGUCUUGAUUUCAACGGGCAAAUGAUUUCAACGUAAAAACGUGCAUUUUGUAAAAACGUUCAUUACUAUGCCAAAAUACUAUGCCAAAAUACUAUUGCUGUUGUGGGAAAGUAAUAAAAUAUUUCUCUUUUUUUUCGCAUAUAUACUGCUUUAAAUGAGGCGGGUUUAUGGACAUUGAUGAUAAAAAUGGUCCGAACCAAUUUAUUUUCAAUGGCUUUGUCCUUGGGACCAAGACAUAUCAGUGUAUUAAAUUUCGCAAAUUCCGACGCAUGGGUUGAAUAUAAAUAUAUGAGCAGAAAUUAGACGGAUGAACUUCACUAAAUCGAUCGGUAGUAAAAAAGAUCAUAAAUUCCAUGUUAAAUCCUUCUGAGUGCAGUCUUAAGGACCGAUGUGCCGCGAAUGAGAUAGGGUAUCAAAACACCGAAUCGAUAGGUCCAAUGAAACGUAGAUCUGUUCCAAGGUCUUCUUAAUUUUAAAAUACAUCUGCUCAUACUUAUUACACAAAUUGUGUAAAGCAUGAAAAUCGCUGUUAGCAAGUUUUGUUGGGGCAUACACUCUUCUCCGGUUGCAAAGCAAACUUCGCAAGCCGAGUCAAAAAUAUCAUAAUUUUGAUUGUUGACUGACAUGACCUUAAAAAGGAAAUACAUGAAAAUACGACGCCUUCAUAGCAAUUGAAUGAAAUGUUGAUAUUAACUUGAUUUCUUUCUUUGUUCGGCGUCUCGAAAGAUAUACUUUCAUCAUUUAUGAUUUCGCUGGUCACAUCCACCCAGAAAAUUUUAUCAAGUACCCUGCACUAUAAUCAAUCAAUAAAAGUUUUUUCAUUUCUUCGUCUCUUCUUCUUAUGAAAAGAACGCAAGCUAGCUGCAAACGUAACGGCAUGCAGUCUGCCUCAAGUGAUGCCAAAAUCGAAAUUCCGUCAAAUUAACAGUAUGGGGAAACUUUUAAAAUUUAUGUUGGUUUGAAACAGCGGAUGCAAAUUAUUCACUUUAUUGUCUAUACAACAGAUUGGCCGUAGGAAAACUGUAACCGUAUUCAUCAACCUAACUUCCUACAAGAGUGGCAACAUCAGUUUAACCUCGUUUCCCUAACAUUUCGAUGUUUUUUUAUAAAAUUAAAAUUUUCAAAACCUACAACAUACGCUUCAAUUUCCGCAAUGAUCUCAACCUUUGAUCCUUAUCUCUUAACAUUUAUAAAUAGAUAAUUGCCGCUAGAGAUUAGUCAGACCCAAGAGGAUGAUAAUAGAAGCAAUAAUUCUAAUUUAAAUUCAUGAAAUUUAUACUAUCGGUGACAGAACACUGUCAAUCAACGCGAUAUUCAUUGUGAAAGUAACUUUUUUAUGUUGCAGCUUUCAUGCAAAACAGUGAAUGCACUACCUUUUUAAUUCUUUACGAUGUCUGCUGUUACGUGCUGCAACUUCACUUUUCGAGUGUUGAGAUGAGUUUUGCAAAGCUUAAUGGUAUAAACAAUUUUUUUGGUUGUCAAUUUGCGUUCAGCACCAACGAUGUCCGUUCGAAGUUAUUUAAAAUCAUACAACCAUCGAGAGUUUGCUGUCUGAUCAUUACAAUAUUCACAACAAUGCUUGAUAUGACCAAAGGAGGAAUAUAAAUUCCUUACUAAACGUGCUUCAUGUCUUGUCCUGAAGUAAUUACAGGGCUCUUCAACUUUACCUUAAAUGUAAUUUGUUUUUAUUCUAUGUAUGUGUAAGAGAUCAACAACUUACAAAUCCAUUAUGAGUAGGGAUAAGAAGGCUGUAUAAUGCGUGCACUUCAAGAAGCUUUUUAACGUAUAACUGUUUACCGAAUCCCAGGUAAUCGUAUAUAGACGCUUGCAAUUUCUUAUCUCCAUCCAAAUCAUCUCCAUUCUUAUUAUUAUCGUAUGUCAAAACAUAUGUUUAGCGAUUUAAUUUUCUAUAAAAUUUUUUGAAUUUAAUUUCGAAAAUCAGGAUGAAAUUCCUUCUAUUCAACUCCUAAAUAUUGCUACAAAAUUUUUCCUUAACCUUUCUGCACGUACAUAAGUAGAACACUUGUAAUAAUAGUAAAACAAAUUAGUUUUUAAUUCUUGAAUUAUUCUAAACCAAAAUUUCAUUAUUA